GUCGCAGGGACACCAAAUAUGGACGUGAAGUCGCUGGUCCAGAAUAACACCGCGGCUCUUGUGCUCGGGGUCGGAGCCGCGGCUCUGGGCCUCGGGCUCGGAUACAAGUUCCUGAGACGGACCGAGGAGCUGGUCCGUGUGGGCGUCGUGUCCCAGCUGCUGCUCCACCCGCUGAAGUCCGGCAGAGCGGUGUCUCUGUCCCUGGCCGAGUGUCUCUGCGUCGGGCUGAAGUUCGGACACAUGCAGGACCGACACUGGCUGGUGGUGACAGACGACAGUCACAUGGUGACGGGCCGACAGGAGCCUGCUCUCGUCCUCGUGGCUCUGACCUGCGAGGGAGCUCAGGUUUGUUUGAACGGACCAAACAUGGAGGAGCUGAGGUUUCCGGUCAAACAGCCUGACAACAACAUUAAAGACUGCAGAGUGUUUGGCAGUGACAUCCAGGGCCGGGACUGCGGCGAAGAGGCAUCCCGCUGGCUCACUCGUUAUCUGGGGGAGGAGAAAACCUUUCGCCUGGUGCACUUUGAACCGCAGAUGAAGGCCAGGAGGUCGGUGGAUAUGGAGCCUCUGUUCCCAGAGUGUGAGCAGGUGGCGUACCCAGAUGUGGGGCCUGUGAUGCUGCUGUCCGAGGCCUCUGUGAAGGAUCUCAGCAGCAGGCUGGAGAAGGAGGUCACGGUCGACCGCUUCCGCCCAAACAUCGUGAUAAGUGGCUGCGAGGCCUUCGAGGAGGACUCAUGGGAAGAGAUCCAGAUUGGCAGCGUGCGACUGCAGCGCGUCAUGUCGUGUGGAAGGUGCAUUUUCACCACAGUGGACCCUGAAACUGGAAUAAUCAACAGGAAAGAGCCUCUGGAAACACUGAAAAGCUACCGUCAGUGCAAACCGUCCGAGAAGCACAUCUACAAGUCGGCUCCGCUGUUCGGGCAGCUGCACAUCGUGAAGAAGACGGGGAUCCUGCAGGUCGGAGAUGUCGUGUACACGAUCCGCCGCUGAGAGAGCGAGGAAGAGGAGGGGAGCGCGCGGUCGGUCCAGUCACUGCCGAGUCACUGCGUUACCAGGAGAGGAAGCACUUAGGUGACGAAUGUACCAAUGAUGAGGAAGAAGCAUUAAUAUGUUUUAAAUGAGGAUGUGAGCAAAUAACACCAAUGAUCAAGUAGUGUUUUUAUACUGGGUUGUUGUGUAACACCAUUAGAACCCGAAAGGAAAAUAUUUUUGCACAUUUAUUAAAUCCUGACGCUUUUGCACAUGCUGCCAUUUGUGAGAAAAAUUAAAUUGUCUUUUGCUGAUUAAGCGUGAACUAAACUUUUUCGUCAAAUAAACAGGACUUAUAUCGACAUAGUGAUUUGAUUAUUUUUAAAUGAUCAGUUUUUCUAAAAGUUGUAUUAUGGAUGUUUUCAAUAUAUUUUGAAGCAAAUAAAGUGAUUUUUAAAAUGGA